GUGUGGGCGGGAGAGAGAGAGAGAGCCAGGCCGAAGCGCGCGACUGCGGUUAGGGCUCGCGAGUGAGUCGCUCUCUUUUCUGAAGGCAGCCGGGCUCGGAAGCCGAGUCUUCGGUUCGUUCGUUCAACUUUUGUCGAGGGUGGCCGGCCGGGGACAGCGACUUCGGGGGGCGGGCGGGAUUUAUUUAUUUAUUGAAUUUAUAUACAGUACCACCCUAUACCCGGAGGUUUCGGGGCGGUUCACAGAACAAAAUCAAAAUAUAAAACCACGAAAUAUAUAAUCAAAAUAAAACAACAACAAUCCAAUAACCCCCCUCCCCAAGAAAAGCCACCUUUUAAAAGAACAUAGGAUGUCAAGAUUACUUGUCCUAACCUACCUCACAGGAUUGUUGUGAGGAGAGAGAGAGAGAAAGGAAGCGCGUAGGGGGAGAGAAUGACUUAUGCUUCCUUGAAUUCACUGGAGGAAAGCUGGGAUGUAGAUAUAAUAAUAAAAUAAUAAACGAAAUGGCAGAUGUGGCACAGUGCUGUCACUUGCUCACUAGGAUGGGGUGGGACGAGGCAGAGUGGCGGCAAGGCCAGAGAAAAGCACUGCAAUAGUGCUACUCUUUCCUUGCACUGCCCCAUCUCUUUCCCUUAUUAAAUAUAUUUUUCAACUGCUUGAGCGUUUUUAAAAGUUUCAAAACAAAAAUGAGUAUUGGAGAAGGAUGGGCAGAAGGUUGGCUGGGAUCUAAAGUAUUGGUAGAUAUCUGGGCGAUUUGAAGUAGAUUGGUAAGAUUUUCUAAUGCUAAUUGUUCGGCAGUAGCAACAGCAAAAUGAUCCUCCCCAAUUAUACUAAGGAAAUGACAAAAGUACUGCAAACUCCAUCCAGUUUGUCAGAACAAAUCUAUGUGUUUAGAGUUCCAGAAUUCUAAGUGUAUGUAUUUUGCACCUGUCUCUCGCUGAUGGAUCUGAUUGAUCUCAGGGUCCUUUAUUUUCUAUUAGUACAUCCUGCCAUCUGUUGAUCCCUGUUUUAGAGGAGAUAAGUGUGUGAUACAUUGAUUUCAGCAGGGUUCAGGACUUGGCUGCGCUCUCUCACUUCCCUUGUUCCCAAAAGAAACCUUUUGCCUGCUGCUGAUAGUCCUGUAAACAUUAAUGGUAUCAGUACUAAAUGACUUUUUUAUAAAUGAUAUUUCUCAUUAGAAGUGAUUAUUCCCAUUUUAGAUUUGUGGUCAAUGAACUCAACUAGUUAGCAGAUUAAUCAAGAUAUCAUUUUACAGAUUUAAUGUUUUUUAAGAGAAACGUACUGUAUUGAAAUGUGAGACACCUUGUGGUAGUUAUAUGAAAUUGAGGCUAACUUAAAGAAAACACUUUGCUUUAGAUUACUGUAGAAUCUUUAAAAUCAGCAAAGCUCAACAUUAAUUUUUAAACUAAGGGUCUGCUGUUGAUACAGCUGAUGAAUGUCUCUUAUGCUUAACUACUAAGGUAUAAGUUCUUUACAAACUAAACUGGAACUAAGCUCCAUUGAAAAAUGGACAUAUAUAGGAUUACACUGAGAAGACAUAAAUGAGAUUGUACUUUAAAUUGCUUUUUUAACUUCAAGGAAUUUGGAUUGCAGUUAAGGGGUUAUGGAAUGAGUUAUAGGAAAUAUUUAUUUAAAAGGGAAUGCAUGUGUGUCCGUGGUUUCUGGACAUUAAGUUCAAUUGCUUUAAACAGGAUAUUAUUUCUUUCAGAUGGUAUGAAAUUUGGAAGUGCAAGCUAGCUGUGAUGGCUUCUCAGGAAUUUACUGUGAGUUUCUGAUAUUUCAACAAUAUAUUAUAUAUAACAAUAUUCCACAUACAUCAGGAUGACAUGGCAUUUUAUAAACAAUAAAACAUCUUUGUCACUCCAUUCAGCCCCAGAAAAGCCCUCUGAGAUGGCUCACAAUCAUCAAUUAAAAGUAUAAUAGGAUGAAAUAUAAUAAAAUUAAUUUUGAAAUGUCACUGAAAUGUUUGUUUAUAUAUCAAAACAGGUUUUAUACACACACCAAAAGACUAAAAAAUCUAAAGUGUGGCAAGACGGAAUUUUGAAGUCCCUUCUAGGGGGCAAUAAGGUAAAAUAUUGAUUAAUAAAGUAUUAUACUGAUACCAUCUGUGGGUGUUACUGUUUUGUUGCUCAAUGAAAUACCAUUCUAUUUUUCUUUCUGCUGUAAUACAGGCAACUUUAUGUGAUGACAAAGGACAGGUUUUGGAUAGCAUAUUUGUGAAGUUCCAGGUACAUGCUUUUAAUUUUCCUUAAUUUUUUUUACUUGAUUAGCAAUUCUGGAAGACAGGUUGCUUGUUUAGUUGAUCCAAUCUCUGCUGGCUUAUCUUGGUCACAUUUGUUAAGGCCCAUGGAAGGGAAAGAAGAAAGCCAGCAGGGUUUAAAGUGCCUGCUGUUGCUGUCCAAAGUGCCAGGAAAAAACACAGCAUUUUUUUGCCGUUAUCUUCCUGGUGCUUUGCACAGCAGCAACAGGCACUGAUAUUCUUUCACCCCCUUCCUCCUCAGGGAUAGGUGUGGGUGGGGAUGAAGCUUUCUUUUUCUCCAUUGUUGAGGAUGAAGGAGGAAAUGAAAACUUCAAACCUUCAAUUUGGUAUAUAUACACAUUGCAUAUAUAACGAAAUGGUGGAAGUUGUAUUAAUGCAUUAUGUGUUGCAUUCAGUAUGCAUUCAUAUAUACUCACUACUACAUAUUUAUCUCUUUAGGUAAAGCCGGGAGAUGAUUUAGAAAGUGAGAAAUAUUUAAUCACAGUUGAAGCUGAGAAAACUUCUGAAACUGGUUUUAGUGAUCAGCCAAAGAACACAGAAGUACCAGUGUUAAUAAGAAAUCAUUUGAAGUCUUCUGCCUCUUCAUCUCUGCGUCUGCCAGUUGGCCUAAAACGAAAACAUACUGUAUGUCAUUCUUUCUCCCUCUCCUUUUUACACUCACACAAUGUAGAAGGAAGCCUUUUGAAUAAGUGAGAGAGAUAGAGAUCUAUAGCUAGUUAGAAAUUUUUUUGGGGGGAGAGUAAAAAAACCCAACUCUGAUUUUUUACAAUUUGAACUGCAUGUGACAGUUUCAUUGAUGAUCAUUUUCAUCUCUAGCCUCUUAAGUACAAAGUGUGUUACAAUAUAAGGUGUCCAAAGUCACUUACUAUAUUGCUCAUUGGAUAACACCAGUAAUUAUAAUGCAUAAUCAGGCAAGUGAAACACAGUAAAUGGAAGCAAAUUGUGCAAGGGGAUCCAUCAGCUAUAAAGUAGGAAGUACUUUGUGGACACUGAGUAAUCGAGUGGGGUGCCCAUGCCCAGGCUGAAAGUUACUCUUGGGGGAAUGUGCCUCUUGGGUUGUAAAAUCCAUAUAAUACAUGGAACUGCACAUCAUUGUUUCAUGGGCUCAGGUGGGGGCCCUCUUUACUAUUAAGGAGAUUGUAAAAGUUAUUUUAUCCUACUUAGAUGUACUCAGCUUUUGUUACAUGAAAAACACGUGCUUUUCAGUCUUUUUAGUUUAGCGAUUCAGUAAAAUAUUGCAUCAUAAAUACAGAAAUAUAGUACAUAUUUCUACUUCUUAAUUCUAAAACUUCAAUUGUUAAACUUCCCACAAACUGAAAAUAUUCUCUUCUUAGGGUUUCCAAGGGCCACGGCAGGUGGAAAAGAAAAUGACAACAGUGGAAGUAUCUGCAGCAGUAGCAUCACCUUCAUCCAAGGAUCCUCAUUCAUCCUUCCCUUCUCAGUUCUAUGCCAGUUCCCCUUUAUUUUCUGUCCCUUGCAAGACUAAGUUACACUCAGAAUUGAAUCAGAGCGCUUUCAAAGUGAAUGGCUCAGAUGCUGAUUCUGUCAUUCCAUCCGCUUUUACUCACAAAGUGGUACAAAGUAGAAUCCUUAGUACUGAUGGUGAAGCUGCUGAAUAUUUGAAGCCAGGAGUUCAACUGGAUAAUGGAAUGGGCAAAUCAAUCUACCAUGCAAGUAACAGUGUGGCAGUUUUGCAGAAUGCCAGGAGUAAAGCACAAAUCUUAGCAAUUCUGAGCGGGGGACAAAAACAUUCUAAAGUUUCAGAGGAUGAAACUGAUAUAUCAUUGGGAAAUCAAUCACCAGCAUUGAUGAAAUCAGAAUUCCAUCAGGAAGGCUCACUUUUAUCUGAAUCAUCAAGAAGCACAGAGUCUUUCUGCAAAGAAAAGAUGGCAUCUCUUUUGAGCUCUGCAAACAACACAACCAAAGAAACCAUUAAAUACAUAGCACCACUGCAUUUCUCAGAAAAAAACGUAAAAACAAAAAGCCGAUGGGAUGUAUAUUUGCCAUUGUCUUUAGCUGAAAAGUCUCCUGACAAAGUUGAGGGAGAAUACAAUGAUAAGAAUGCUAGCGAUCUUCAGGACUUGAAGGAAGAUGGCACUGAUAAUAGGAGCCAAUGCACUGAGGACCAUAAAAAAUUUCCAGAAGUGCCUGUUUCCUUGAAAAUCAAUAUGUCUCCUGUCAGUAAUAGUUCUGUCAAACACCAACCACAUAGUAUUGUACCAGCUGAAUCAAUCGUGUGGAAAGAGAAUUGCACAGUUUUAUCAUCUGUUGGUAGUAUGAAUUACUCAGAUUGUAAUGCUGAUAAACUCUCCACAUCCAAUAAAUGCACAGAGAUUGAUAAUUUGGAUCAGCCACAAAAUGAAUCUCAUCCAGUAAUAUGUUCUGAAUGUUUCUCAAAUAAUUCUGCAGAUGGAGAGUUUGGUGACACAGAAAAGCAGUUUAUAGAGGUUAACUUCAAUCUGUUGGAUACACUAGAGUUUAGUGACACAGAGGGUGGAAAACUUCAUACCAACCACACAUUUUCACAAGGUUCAGCAUGCUUUAAAGAGGAAACUGAAGCACCAUUUGAUACUGGUGUUCAAGUGCACAGUAACAUAAAAGCUUGUAGUAGUCAAGGGGAAGAUAAUGUGCAGCCCACAUUUCUGCAAGAUGGAGGUAUGAAUUGUGUCUCAGAAUGCCAGUCACUGCAAGUUUGUGAUGAAAUCUCUGAGGAACCUAACAAGAAGGAGGAAAAUAGUGCAACUCUUCCAUUUCUUAAAAAGCUGCCACAUUCAGAGGCUAUGAUUGUUGAUGAAAGGGUAGAGACAAAUGCAAUAAAUAUCCAAAAUAUAUGUAAUCACAGAGAUCUUGGUACAGACUUGUUAAUGGUGAAUGAUAUGGACUGUGAUGUGAAUGAUAGUGAAUAUCCUAAUCCAACAACUUGUCUUGCAAAAGGGAAUGUUCCUGCUAUUUUACAUGGUUGCCUCAUGGACAAAAGUAAUGAAGAAGGUACUGAGGUUGAAGCAGGUAAUUCCCAACCUAGUUCCUUAGGUAUUUGUCAUAACAACAUGAAACAGAGCAACCAUUUGCUAGUUCUCACUGAAAAAUACAAUAUUUCUCAUGGUUCCCCUCAGUAUAUUUCAGACAAAAAUGAUGCUGCUUCAGAAAAAAAUCUGGAUUUGAGGCAACUCCCUCAUCCCUUAACUUGUGAGACUUCAGAUGAAUCACAAAUGGAUCAAAAUGAAAAUGCAGUUAAUAACUUGGAUUUUUUUAACAAGUUCAGUAAAUAUGAAGGAAAGGAUUCUAUUUGUGUUGAAUCUUCACUUGACUCUUCAAGCCUUCCCCAGCUGGUAAAUGGUUUCAGCCUGUUAAAAUCACUUACAGAACAUAGCACAGCCUUAGAAAGCCUGCAAAUGAUAGAGGAAAGUACUUCUUUGCUACCGAGGGAGAGACUAAGAAAAAAACAAAAGCCAACAGGACCUGAAGGUUAUUAGCUUCUAUUAUUUAUUUUUUUGAAUUUUGUUUUGAAAUAUUGAUUGCACUUUUCUACUGGUUUUCCUAGUUCAUUUUUCUAGUAUGGAAAUGUAUGGCAAGCUAAUUCAUUGUCAAAAGCAGUUUUGUUCUGCAUGUGAAACAGUCUCUUUGAUUAUCCUGAAAUAAAAGAGAUAAUACCUUACUUUAGAAUAGGGAUGGGGAAUCUGUAGCCCUCCAGAUGUUGUUGGACUUCCAACUCCCAUCAUCCCUCCACUGAGCAUUCCUAAGGAAAUGUCUUGUCCAUGGUGAGAUCAUGUUUUGUUUUGCUCCAAACAAACCACACUAUACCCAAGGUUUGUUAUUGGCUUUCCAAUAGGAGUUUGGGUGAAGCAAACCACAAUCCACUUUGGACAUAAUGGUAAGCUAGGGAUCAUGGUUUGGUUUUUUUCAUGUGCUUGUGGGGAGGAGCAAAACAACCAAGUCCAGCAACUUCAUGGUAAACAGAUAUGGUUUACGGUAACAUCAAAACAAGACCAGUGGAUUUCUUUGCAGCAUGUUUGUCACUGAUGUGGCUAAUAAUGCUAAAGUAAAAUAUGUGUAGUUAGCACCUAACAUUCCUAUAAGCAAUAGCAUUGACUUUGAAAACAUCACUCAACUUGAAUGCAAGAUCUUCAAUAUUUUUUAUCACUGAACUAGCUUCAUGACUGAGCCUUAUUGUGCUUUUCUUUCUUUUGUAGCUAUGCAACAGUUUCCUGAAGUUCCCUUUUCUGAAGAUGUGCAGAUAACAUCUUGCCUGCAUUCUGCUUAUCCUAAAAUGGUAACCUUUUGGACUUUGUAAUUCAUCACUAAUAGCUUUUAUGUAAAUAUCUCAUUACACAAGCUGAAGGCCCAUCUACUUGUGUGUAUUUUCCACCUCACUGUCGUCUUCUGUGUUCCUAUCAGCCACCCCCUCUGAACGCCUGAAAACUGGCUGCAGAGAGUAAGAGGCCCUCUACAGCAAGUUUUGUGAGAUGGAAUAAAAAUUGCCAACACUACUGCACACACAUUACUGCAUAAAAAUAAAAAUAAUAGUAAUCAUCACCAUAAAUUGUGGGUAUUGGAAAAAACGUAUUUCAUUUGAUAAGUUCACUGCAUCAUCGUGUUAAAGAAAAUUUUGAAAUGAGAUGGUUUGUGGGAGAGGAUUGCAGUAGGUAAAGGACAAUAUAGAACAUUUGCUCUACUCCAGUAUGGAAAUUCAUUUUUCCUACACAAAUGUAAAAUAGAUUUGUGGGGCUUUUGCUCAGAUAUAGUUGUUUUAAGAAACUGUAAAUUGUAUUGCCUUUCAGCCUUCUGAAGGCAAUGAGCUGGUUGUACAGUGGUGCCUCGCAAGACGAAAAGAAUCCGUUCCGCAAGUCUCUUCGUCUUGCGGGUUUUUUCGUCUUGCGAAGCAAGCCCAUUAGCGGUUUAGCGGAUUAGUGCUACAGUAUUAGCGGCUUAGCGGGCUUAGUGGAUCAGCUGAUAAGCGGCUUAACUCAUAAGCAGCUUAACGAUCAGCUGAUAAGCGGCUUAGCAUCAGCUGUUAAGCGGCUUAGCCAUCAGCUGAUAAGCGGUUUAGCAGCUUGGGAAAAAGGGGGGGGGAGGAAAAAAACCCCGCAGGAACUCGCAAGACAUUUUCGUCUUGCGAAGCAAGCACAUAGGAAAUUCGUUUUGCGAAGCACCUCCAAAACGGAAAACCCUUUCGUCUAGCGGGUUUUCCGUCUUGCGAGGCAUUCGUCUUGCGGGGCACCACUGUAUUAUAUCACCGCAUUACAAAAUGAGACUGUGCUAAGUACAGAAUGGUGCAUCCUUCUCUUGACCCAUUUCUGAUCAUUUCCAGGAUACUUCCUCAAACACUGAUGCAGAGAAGCCCACAGCAGCUACAGUAAACAUGCUACAUGACCAGGUUCCUUUUGAAGUGGCUGACAGUCAAACGAAGGUAUAGCUUACAAAGAGAUGACUUGGAAAACCUCCCACAGCCAACACCUCCAAAACUUUCACUGCCUCCAUGCACCUCAGGACCUUCUCAGACUACUUUUGAAACUGGAAUUUUUAAACAGCAGUUUGUAAUAUGACCUGGAGGGCCAGGUGUUCAGCAAUAAGAAGUAAAAAGUUCCACAGUCUGCAUUAAAGUUGCCAUCUUAUCUCUUAUUUUAUCAUUGAAGGUUAAUUUUCAGUGGUAUAAUGAAUAAGUAUUCUUAGGAUGGCCUCCUAACCUCUGAUGUUGAUGGCUGAGGUUUGCUUAGAAUAGUUGUUAGGCUUCUCUCAUCCAGCAGAGAUGAGUAGAAAGCCUUGGGGUGGGGCUGGAAUAUGGAUCUGUUGAGUGGCCCAAAACUCAGGCUUGUUGACUCCGGGCUGGUGUACCAAAAAUGUGUGAAAAUCCAACUCCCACCUUCUACCCUGGCAGGCCCAAGCAACAAAUGUGUGGUGCUAAAUUGUAGUUCUUUGUUCUCCUAUGAUUUCCUUUUAUUAAUCUAUCUCUUAAAUAUAUGUAGCUAGUUGAAUUUCAAGGGUACCAAGUGAGAGGAUCUGCAGCUAGUGAGAUAAUGAUGAGAGUACCCUCUUCACAUCUUAGAUGGGAUCCACAGGCUGAUAUGACAGAAUUUGAACUUGCUACAAAGGAUGGCUGUUUUUUCUCAGCCCAAGAACUAGGCAGCCCUGUGCUGCCUGGCUUUAUUCAGGUAAACUGUAGAAUGCUUUUUAUAGAAAGCUUUAUUUAAUCAAUGAACAUAUGGCAAAAAUGUGAAAUAAUUUAUUAAGUGAUCAUAAACAUGUUUUAAAAGACUACAUGAAAGUUGCAAAUAAGGACCUCAGUUGGCCCAUUCCUGACAUAAAUCUGUCAAUGACUUCUCUGAAAACGUGUUCCUAUACUUAAUUCCCUUGGUCCUUCUGGUGCAUUAAACAUCUUCCUUAAUAUGUACAUGGUGCCACCUUUUAAUCCCUCUUCAAAAUUCACUGUUUCUGCAAACCCUGGUUUAGUCUGAAUUUUCAUGGGGUAGUCAAAAACAAUUAUGUGUAGCUGUACCUGCUCACAUCUGUCAUUUCCUAGGCUUCUUUCUCUCUUCAUUUUGUUAUUUUUCCCUGUGUUGAUUUCAGAUUUUCUCCUGUUUUGGGGAGUAAGGACCCUGCUUUCUUUUCUUUUCUUUUCUUUUUUCUUUCUUUUGCUUGAAACUCUGUAAAGCAUUGUUUGAAAUUUCUGUUGCAUGACCAGAAGCCUGUUCAUGUGAUGUUUGGGUAUCAUUCAUUAUCAUUGUUUUGUUUUUGUUUUUUUGUAAUUAAAAGUAAUGUGAAAGAUCUAAGUUCAUUCAACUGGGUGUGCUUGAUUUUUUAGCUUUACAAUUGUUUCUCUGCCAUCUUCACAGCCUCCAGACUGCCACUUUCCCCCAAAUUCAAGCAGUGAAAAAGCAGUGAUAGAAGCAGAUGAAAACAAUUUCCUGGUGACAAGGGUAUCUCCAGAUUUACCUAUGGACAAUGCAAAAAGCUUUUUCCGUAAGAAUGUUUUGUUUGUUAUUGUUGUAAAUAAUGGUUGUGCCAGCAGACAUAGCAAGGGGGGAAAGUAUGCACCCUUGUGCAAAAGUUGGCUUGCAAGUGUUGAAUACCAGAGUGAUAGAUUUCAGAUUCUUAUAGCCUUGCAAUGAGAUAAUAUGUACAUUCUGAGCAUUCUCAGCCUGCUUUGAUUACAUGUACAUAUUGUAAGCUUAUAGACAAUGGGAUUUGUUUUUCUGACUUAGAAUUGUUAUUGGAACAAACAACUUGGGCUCUGCCUCCCCACCCCCCAUGAGUGGAAGAGAUCCUUCUGCUCAUGGAAGGACAUCUUUUGUGAGUUCCAUUCUUCUUCUAUGAACAGAUGCUUCUUUCAUUCAUUGAGUUUAAGAUUAGGAUCCAACCAGUGUUUCCUCCCAUACCUCAAUUAUUUUCCCUAGUAUGAAACAGUUAACAAGUGAGAAUCUAAAACAUAGUGUUCUGGUGUAUCCCCAGCUCAUAACAAGAGUGCUCCUGUUUAGGAUCUCAGCCACCCUAGGAAAGGAGUCCUUUAUGAGUUGGUGAAAGGAGGAAGGAGACCCCUUUCCCCCAUCCUAUCCUUCUGAAACCUUCCUCUGUUGUUGCUGUAUAUCACUGAAUGGCACUGGCUGAGGUCUGACUAUCAGCACUGAGCUGUCCCAGUCGUACCUUGGAAGCCGAACGCCUUGGCUCCCAAACAAAUCGGCUCCGGAAUGAUCGAAACCUGGAAGUGACUGUUUUGAACUAUUUUCAAAAGCUGAACGUCCAGCACAGCUUCUGAUUGGCCGCAGGACAUUCCUGCAGCCAAUCAGAAGCUGCGCUUUGGUUUUUGAACGGUUCCGGGAGUCGAAUGGAUUCCUGGAACGCAUUCUGUUCAGAAACCAAGGUACCACUGUAAUCAAGAUACACAUUACUAUCCACAUCAAGAACCUUUUCUCAGUUAACUGGCUAUGCUAGGUUUGUCUUAAUCUUUUGAGUAAGAAAUGCAAAUACAGCCAAAAUCUUUGCUGUAGAAAAGUCAAGAUUUAAGGAAAUCGGAGUAGAGCGCCCAGGAAACUUGGAGGGAAGACAUUGCUUUGAAUAUUGACACUUCAUAAAACUUUCUGCUUCAUAGAGAUGGAAGAGUCCAGCUGCCCAGAAGAUGGUGAUACGUCUAUACUCUUACUACCCCUUAGAGCACGAACUCCAGUUGUGACUGUACCUGUAGAUGGAGAAGUUCCUGACUUAGUUUAUUCCAGUGGAAAGACAUGUGAGCGAGGCCGGCAGUCCUUUGGUUUCUCAGGAAUAAGCAUAUAUGGCAAGUCAAAAAUAUUAGGGCCUGAGGACAGGAUGUGUGAAACCUUUGUGCAUGAAAAGUGUAGAGAAGAAAGACAUGGGGUGAUCACACAGUCUGCAUUCCCUAAUGUAUCAGAACAAAAGAGACAAAGCAAGUGGCAGAAGUACCAAAACACAACUCAUAGUGACUUGAGAACUCAAAACAGCAGCGAAGUGGUCAUGACUGAUGACAUCCGAGCUGAGAGUGCCUUUGGAAUGCUACUGCAUGACAUAGGAGAGGGUUGGAGUCAUGCCAUCAAUGAAAGCCCUCCAGACUUUGGGCAUCCGCAGAUGCUGAAAAGCGUGCUUUGUAAACAGCAGCGAAACUUUAGCAGCCAAGAUUCUGUUUCAGAAGGACAGAAACUUUCUCUGCACUUAAAUCAGAAUUUUUCCACUGAGGAAGGACUAAAGGUGCUAGGUCAGCUGAAUUGCCACAGUUCAACCAGACACACCAAGGUAUAUAACUGUUCACAAAAGUCUUAGGAAUAGAUUUUGCCAAAGCAGCUUCCAAAAAUAGUUGUGAAUAUUUGAUAGUUUAGUCAUAUGUUCAUCUAUAAAGUGGUUUGUUUGUUUUUUACAUAUUCAAGUAGCAUUUAUGGCUCAAUUUGAAAUAUUAUAUAAAGGAAAUCAACCCUGAUCUUGCAUUUUUUUGUCUACAUCAAAAAAUAUUUCACUAUAGAACAUCAGGUUCCUGACAAUGCUUCUCUGACAAAGUCCUUGACCACCCACAGAAGUGGCCCAGUGGAGGUGGGAGUUAUAUGUCCUUGUACUGCAUUAUGGUCCUUAGGGUUGCUGCUUUUCUUGAUUGCAGAAAUGUAAAAGGGGCUUGCAAGCAUCCUCUUCCUCUUGUUCCUGCUCAGUGUUUUGACUCAGCAGUGCAGCAAAGAACUGGACUGUCUCCCCUUGUAUAUGCAUUGUCAUGUAGUGCUGCAACCAGAGCAAUCUGACAAAAGUCCCCUUUGCUAUUCACAAGAUAUCCUGCAGGUGGUGAUGUAUUUGAAGAGAGCUGAAAACCUGUUGCCAUAGCAGUAGUUUUCCCACAGCUAUGGUGACAAGUCUUUGCUCACCCAAUCACUAACUGUGGCUCUGAGAAAUGGAGAAGUAAAUAGGCAGAAAGAAUGCAAACAUGAGUAUAAAUAUCCCCAUGAUUGCAGUUUGUGGGAUAUUUAAUGUCAGUGUGGAAUAAGAGGGUGGUCAGUGCUCUAAUUCUAAUAUGAUAUGCCUGAAUAUAUGUUACCCAUGUAUUAAAUCAGAUGGAAAGGAAAUAUGAUUUUACAUGCAUACCUUUUAUUUAUAUUUCAGAACACCUGUGAAUUGUUCUUUCCCAGUGUAGAAAUGGUGAACUCUACCAAUGUUCCUAAGAGACAGAUGUAUAUCCCAGCUGAGUUUCAGUCUCCUGCACAUUAUAAGCAGGUUUUUACUUCUGCUUUGAUGGGUAUGACUAACACCUUUAAUUUCCACAUUGCAGUACAUUCACUGAUGGUUGUUCUUAGAGGGCAACAUAAUCUGAGAUAAAAUAUUGAGUGAGCAUCCUCAUAACAGUUUUUUCAAAAGUUGCCACAUGGAUUUGGCCUUCAAAAACACAUUAUCAGCCACCUCUGUGUUUGCUUGUGCAGUCUAAAUUGCACCAUCUCAGAAAAUCUCACCUGUACCAUUCUGUGCAUUGUUUUCAUUUUGGGUUAAAAGCAAUCAAAAGCUCCCUGUAUUUUAAUGGAGAAGCAAUGCUGGAGAAGAGGAUGUUUAACUGCUUUGUUCCAUACCACUUUCCCAGUCUAAAUUGCUUCUUGCAAGCUGCAUUUCUCUCUCUCUCUUCCCACCCCCACCAACCAAAAUUAACAAACUUUUAGGGGACCAAUUUAGAAUGGGCAGAAGGAUUAAAUUUCCCAUAAUUGCUGUUCACCCCAACAUUUAAGUGCAAAUUUGUUUUUAAGUGCAAAUAAGACCAUCAGGAGUUCUAACUAUGGUUCCUCAGCAUAAUACGUAGUUUUCCUUGGGAAAAACAAAUGGUAUACCAAAAGAUACAUGACUGAAGCAAGGAGCCCAUAAUAUACAGUAUGUUACAUAUGAAGUACGAAUGAAAAAAUUAUAAAAGCCACAAACCCAUGGAUAAGCAGAAUGCAGGACUUUGGCGUUAUUUAGAUGCUUCAUUGCCAGUGCUCUGGGAGUAGUUGAACUGCAGUUGCUGAGCUUGGAAAACCUUCAAAACAUUUGCUAUUGUUCAAAGUAUUGAACCUAAAAUUGUGGAAAACGUAUUUGAUUCUUCCUCUAAGUCAGCAAUCACUAUACGGUCAAAUAAUUCCAGGGUGUUUCAGCCACUGCCUGAAGACGAAUUCGCAAGUUGUUAUUUCUGGGGAGCCACUUUGUGGUAACUAUUUAUUUACUUACUUCAUUUAUGAAUUGCUUCCUAUGCAACGUUCUGAAGUGAUUUAUCCAUAAAAACAUCAACAACAAAAAACCCAUUUAAAAACAAGAUCAAGUGCAAAACAGGUAUAAACUGGGGGCAAAACUCUCCAAUUAAAAGGCUUAUUGUAAAGGGAAUGUCUUCAGCAGGCACCUGUUUCUCAUGUAAUGGGAGUUCCAAAUGGUUGGUGCUGCCACACUAAGGCCCAAUUCCUACAGAGUAUAGAAUUGGCUUCCUGGUUGGGUACAUAAAGGGUGAGAUGGUCUUUUAGGUACACUGGUCCCAAAGUGUGUAUGACUUUCUACCAGUCCCUUGAACUUGGCCAAUUGACUAACUGGAAGCUAGUACAAUUCUUCCAAGUGUGGUGUAAUAUGAUGGUGAUAUUCUGCCCCAGUUAGCAGCCAAGCCACUGCAUUUUGCACUAGCUGCAGCUUCUUGAGCCAAUCCCACAGGUAGUUCCACAUGGCACAUUUCAGUAAUCCAAACUGGUGGUUACCAAAGCCUAGAUUUUAGAAGUGAUUCCAUUACCUUUAAAGAGUCGCAAUGAGAAACUGGUUAGAUUUCUGGAGGAGCUCAAAUUAACAAUAUUUGACACACAAAGGAGUUGUAUUUACAGUUAAUAGGUUCUCCCCACUACACUGAACUUUUUUUAAAAAAAAUACUUUUUAUUGUUUCUAUUUUGUGUAAAGAACAUUUAAACAUAUUGCUGUUUGAGCUGUCGCAAAAACUACACCGAGCUCUGGAAAAAGUGGAUAUAUCCUUCUAUACCUCAGUGAAAAGGGGGCAAGGACAAGAGAAUUCAGCCCCACUCUGCAACCACAAGAUGGCGAGUAAACUUGUUACGGUUAAAAAAGAAGGUCGAAAUAAGGUAAGUUUCUUGAGUAAUCUCAAGUGUACUCUACAGAAAUAUUACAAUACAUGCUGAAGGUCAUUUCAUACAUAAGUCCAUAGAUUUAUAUAUUUUUGUAAAACUGAGUGGUUAGAAUAUCUAAAUUGCUGCAUAUAGAAUUGUGUUUAAUGAAUGAGCUUACAUUUUUAUCAUCUACAUCAAUAUUAUUAAAAAUGAUUAAUUACUAUGACAGUGGGGGGGGGGUUGGAAAUCAUAAUAAUGAGAUGCUGUAGUACCCCACUCCUAUGCUAAUUUAUUUGGAUUGAGGUCCCCCUGAUUUCAAUGCAACAUAUUUCAGAAUAAAUGGGUUCAGGGCACAACUAGAUGUAAUAAUGGGUUGCAUUCCUGGUUUUGUUUAUUUCGCUGCUAAGCAUAUGCUAUGUUAGUUUUCAAUACAGUGGUGCCUCGCAAGACGAAAUUAAUCCGUUCCGUGAGUCUCUUCGUCUUGCGGUUUUUUUGUCUUGCGAAGCACGGCUAUUAGCGGCUAUUAGCGGCUUAGCGGCUAUUAACGGCUUAGCGGCUUAGCGGCUAUUAACGGCUUAGCGGCUUUAAGAAAAAGGAAACAAACUCGCAAGAACUCGCAAGACGUUUCGUCUUGCGAAGCAAGCCCAUAGGGAAAUUCGUCUUGCAGAACGACUCAAAAAACGGAAAACUCUUUCGUCUAGCGAGUUUUUCGUCUUGCGAGGCAUUCGUCUUGCGGGGCACCACUGUAGUGUGAUUGGUUUUUUUUCAGGGUGUUGUCCAAAAAGUGGGGGGCUAUUUCUGGAUCUGUUAAUCUUGGGAGUGUUCUCAGUCAUUGAUUAAUGCAGCUAGAACUUAACGGGAUAUGACUUUUCAAGAGUACUAUCCACCCAAUGUCAAGCUCUUUUAAGGCUCAUUUAUGUCAAGGGCAGUUGGGAAUGGGUUUCAAGAUGUGAGAACUGUAAAGUGCUUAACUUUGGCUGAAUCGUGGAUAAGGGAUAAAACUGCAGAAAGUUACACUUGACAUUGGCAAGUGGGUUAAUGAUCUCUAUUGCUCAAAUUCUAAGCCUUAAAAAAUGAUAGGCAAAAUGACUAAAUGACGAAACAACAUACCGUAAGUUUUACCAGGUACAGGGGAAUCCCCACUUGAAUGCAAUCAGCACGUGCUCUCCAACUUGCACGCGUGCCAAGAACAGUGCUGAAAAGGGGCAGGGGCGGAACGGGGGAAUUUCCACUUACACAUGCCCUGAUACGGAACCCCCGAGUAAGUGGGGAUCCCCCUCUACCCCACAGGGGAGUUGCAGAAAGAAUAUGGUUGGUAAAGGGAGCCAUGGACUACAAAAGGUUGAAAACCUCUGCCAAAACUGUAGACAAAGAAGUGCUAAACAGAAACAACGCAACAAAGGCAGACAAUUUCAGAUCAUGGGUGCCACCACAGGGAAUAGCUUUCCUUUGGUUACUGAUCUUGUUGUUGAGGAACCAUGGCUCUAUGAAGCUUAGUUUUCCCUAACUUUCACAACCUUUUUCAGAAGUGAAGUUUAAUACUUUUAAUGAGCUGGUGUACGGUGGUCAGCCUUUUCCAUAUAACUUAGCUUUUGGGCUUGCAUUUUGUUCUAGGGCCGCCUUUUCUAUGCCUGUGAUGCUCCUAAAGGUAAUCGAUGCAAUUUUUUUAAGUGGCUAGAGGAUGUAAACCCUGGACAGAAGGAAAGUAGGCCUGGUGUUGUACUUCACGACACAAAGAGUAUUGGAACCUACCUCAGGAGUCAAAAUGUUUCCCUCUAUGAAGAAUGCCAGCUUCUGAUGAGGUAUGUUAACUAAACAUGAGUAUUACUGCCUGGCUCAGUAGAAAUUGAGCUACUGGUCUGACAUCAUACUUUGUUAGAGAAAGGUAAUAAUCACAAAUGUUCUCUGCUACUUCAGACUUGACCUUUUCACAUUAUUUUGCAAAAGUGUCCGUAUAUAAAAAAGCCCCAGUAUUACCUGAGAGUAUCAGGGCAGGUAGCGUGGAGACCCAGUAAGAUCAAGGCAGUAGCACAGAUUCAUAGAGCUACUUUACCUCAGCUUUAAUAUUUGUUAUGCAGCAUAGUGUUCAAGAAAUUCUUCCCUGAAACAACUUGAGUGUAUGAAGCUGUUUGGAUACUUUUAAAUCAUCAUUUCUUAAUAUUAAUGAAGAGUUUAAUAGUUAUUUAAUCAAUAUUGCAUGUGGUAUGUGUGGUUGUUCACAUAAUUUAGUUGGUUUUUUUACUCUGCUGCAGUCUUCUGGUAAAUCAGUAUUUGUGUCAAAUCUAAAGGCAGCCCAGAAAUCAUAAUGUCUUAUUCAGUAUAUUUCUCUCUCUUUUUUUAAUAGGAAAGCCUUUGAUAUUCAAAGGAAACAAUUUGGUAAACUGAAGAAAUUCAAUAUUGCAAAUGCGAACCUUGAUUGCGAUUCUAAGAGCAAAUUAUAUCUUAAGCUGAACCAAAAGGAGCACUCAUCUGCGUACAGCAAAGGUGGGUGGACUCUUGUCAUCUUACUGUAACGGAGCAAAACGUAGCUAAAACCAUUGAUAUCACACAUAGGAGCCUCAGUUAUUUUGAAGUAUAUUCACAUUAAGAUUUGUCUUUGGAAAUACUGCAUAUGUGUGUAUAUGUGUACAUAUAUCCAUUUUCAGGGUGUUGACUUGCAUAGAGGAAAGGAUUUCCAUUUCCAGUGUGGCCUGAUUUAUAUAGCUCAUACAUAGAUUUCUGUUCAAAGGCAUUGCACCCUGACCUUUAUGCUAUACGUUGCUUCUGUCUAGUGAAAUGAACUCAUUUAGGAAAGUGGUGCCUGAGACUGUAUAGGCAGUCCUCUCUCUAGUUCUAGUGACCAAACAAGAUUAAAUGGUAAUAUGUCUUGCUAAUUAAGUUUGAACAGCAUUGUUUCCUUUUUUAAAAGACACAUGAUUCUCACGCAAAUGGAUGCAGCUUUCAAAGGAAUACCAUAUCAAUUUCAUGACACAGCACCUGUGAUGAAAGAAAUACUAAUUAAUCUUAGUAUAAGAUGUAAGAGAAUACAUGAGAACACUUACUACUGACUGUGUCAGAAAAGUGAGAUGUGUGAAGACUACUUGUAGCUCCUCGAUACUUUGGUUACUAAUAGAUUUUGUAGCUUCAAUCCACGGUUAGCAUAGCACAUCUUCAGUUGCAGUCUUUUUUUUUUUGCGGGGGUUGGGGAGGGACCGCUAUUCUAGAUAUAUCAAAUAAUUGAUAAGGCUAUCACUUUGUUAGAAUUAAUCCUGGUAUCCUGGAAUUGUCCUUUUGUUUAUGCCUUAAUUGGUUAAAAAGUGGGUUAUUGCUACAAGUGGAUAAUCUACAUAUCAAUGCAAUUUCAUUUUAUAAAUUAACCUGUGUAGGCAGUUGUCAUAACUCCCCACCCCCAUUAGUGCAAGAUUAAAGUGCCACACAGAACAAAAAUUAAAACAAACCUUGGGGAAAAGCUCUACAAACUUAAAUAGAAAUCUUGAGACUACGUUAAUACUUAAUAUGAAAAUAGAUAUACUGUACAAUCUAUGUUUCUAUUCAGAAGUAACCCCCAUUCGUUCAAUAGGAUACAUAGGAUACCUAGUAUUGCAGCCAAAAUUUACCUGACACUGUUUAGUUAAAGAAGGCAAAGCACACAAGACUCCUUUGGAACAAGCAGAACUAGGAAGUAAAAAAUAAGAUGGGACAUAACUUAUUUUCUGCAAAAGACUUAGUCCAGAUUUGAUUUUGUCCAUUCAGAAGCUGGUGAUUUGAUGCAACUGAUAAAACUCAUUUACUCAUUGACAGAUGAUCUUUGGGUUGUUUCCAAGACUUUGACCUUUGCACCCUUGGAUACUUUCAUUGCAAGCAGUGUUUUCUACGGACCAUCCUCUAGCAGUGAAUUGGAGUUGGUACCUCUCAAAGGUUACAGUCCCUCAAACUGGCGCUCAAAUAGUAAGUACACCCAACUCUUAAUAUGCUAUGAAACUGAAUUAUCAAUUUCUCAAACUUUUGGUAUGCAAAAGGGAAAAAAGCCCAAGAGAAAUGAUGGCAAGAUGAAAGAUCUAAUAGGCGUGAAGGAAAUGCCCAGAACAAUUUUUUAAUUGCCAUAGAGAUGUGAUGCUACAAGUGAAAUAAUGUUAAUUUGAAAAGCUUAUUAAAUGGUAUUCAUAUAUUUGGCCCUUGAAAGUUGAGUAAUGUUUUCAUUUAUUUAACUAAUCCUAAAGUGAGAUAUCUGGUAGCUUGGGGAGAGGAGGAAAGCAGGGGUGGAGAUAGUGUAAUAAUGAAUUGGGUAGAAACACAAUUGAUUACCUUUCUUGGAGGAUCACAGACAUGGCUGAAAGUGUAUGGACAGCAUACAUAGUGACAGAUAUAAGAAACAGGGGAACUAAGUACAGUGGUACCUAGGUUUUCGAACAUAAUCCAUUCCGGAAGAUCAUUUGACUUCUGAAGUGUUCGAAAACCGAGGUGCAAAGGGUGGCCAGCAAAUUCCAUGGAGAAAAUUGAAAAUAACUCAGCGGAAGCGGUUUGACUUACGAGGUGCAUUCGAAAACUGAAGCAUUUACUUCUGGGUUUUUGGCGUUCAAAAACCGAAAUGUUAGGCUUCCGAGACGCUCAGUGGGUAGUAUCUGAUGCAUCACAAUGCAACAUAUGAACCCUCCUAUACGGGUUCAUAUUAGUAGUGAGUGCAGCUAUAACAGGCAGAGAAAUGCAGAAAUGUAAAAGAAUUUAUUUAAGUCUUGCAACAGAGAUGGUAUGAAACAAAUUAAAGCCUUGUUUUAAAACACAGUGAAAAAUCAUACUCUAUUUGGAGUGUACAUAUUAUAAUUCCUUAUCAAAAUAGAAUACCUUACAUUGGUGUGAAGGGGAGCUUUUUCUAGUACAAUACAGGGGUACCUCGGGUUACAUACGCUUCAGGUUACAGACUCCGCUAACCCAGAAAUAGUGCUUCAGGUUAAGAACUUUGCUUCAGGAUGAGAACAGAAAUCGUGCUCCAGCGGCACGGCAGCAGCAGGAGGCCCCAUUAGCUAAAGUGGUGCUUCAGGUUAAGAACAGUUUCAGGUUAAGAACGGACCUCCGGAACGAAUUAAAUACUUAACCUGAGGUACCACUGUAGUAGGUACAAGGAGUUGACUCUAUACAGUGGUGCCCCGCAAGACGAAUGCCUCGCAAGACAGAAAACCCGCUAGACGAAAGAGUUUUCCGUUUUGGAGGUGCUUCGCAAAACGAAUCUCCUAUGGGCUUGCUUCGCAAGACGAAAAUGUCUUGCGAGUUCCUGCGGGGGGUUUUUCCUCCCCCCCCCUUUUUCUAAGCCGCUAAGACGCUUAUCCGAUAAGCCGAUAAGCCACUAAUAGCGCUAAUCCGCUAAUCCGUCAAUGGGCUUGCUUCGCAAGACGAAAAAACCGCUAGAUGAAGAGACUCACAGAACGGAUUCUUUUCGUCUUGCGAGGCACCACUGUAUUGAGAUCACAGUGGUGGUCAAAGGGUUGAAUCCCCAUGCCCUUUCUCCAGCCAGGGCCCUUACUCCAGAUUAGUCCCCCUAUGUCUGCUAUUUACUUUUGGGGGGGAGGGGGCAAACAGUCAUGCAAGUGUUAAUUUUCUGUAGCCAAGUACAUUUAGUUACUCUUCUUUCUUGUAACAUUUCUUCUUCUUCAGUGAUUGUUCAUGCUUUGCUAGUUUGCAACGCUAGUACUGAGCUUACAACUUUGAGAAAUAUAGAAGAAAACAUCCGUUCAGGCACUUUACCAAUAAUGGAGCAUCUGCUAACAAAGUAGGUAGCUUUACUAUCUAUAUUUCAGUUCAGUUUUUAUAAACUGUAGAUUGUACUAUCAUUUGAAAUAGGUGGGAAAGGAUAAUGUUUUAUGCUGCAUAGAAUGAACAUUGCAAACUAAUUUCUCUUUGGAAAUAUACAAGAUAAGACUGUGCAGAUACUAUUAACAGCAUAUAUUUGCACUCACUGUGUUCUGGCAAUUUUCUGAAAACUAAGAAAACUUUCAAAAACCAAAGUGGAAUGUAUUUGUUUUAGUAAAAUUACUUUAAGCACCUGUAGGUGAAUUGUCAUAGCUGCAAGAUUCUGUAUAUUUAAAAUCAGACAAAAUAGGCGAUGAUGAAAUUGUUUUGGUUAAGAAUGACUUUUAAGAGGAGCACAAUUCCCACUGCUCAUGUGUGUGCAUGUGUGCAACCCCCCCAAAAGUAUUGAAUUUGAGGGGGGGGGACUGAAAAGGUGGCAAACUAUUUAGAUAAAAAGUAAAACAACUUGAAAUGUGUGAAUGUAGAGUCAUAAAGAUCGUAAUUUAUUUUAAAAAUGGAUGCAGAUUCAUACAUUUAGUGAUGUAAAUAAAUUUCAUUUAAAACUAUAUAGCUUAGUGAUAUUCAAAGUUAGACACAUUGAAAUAACUUAAAUCUAUUGGUUUCAGUGGGUCUACUCAGAGUAUAACUAAUGUUGGACACUGCCUUUUCACUCUCUCCUGAUUUAAAUCCUUUAAUUAACACAGGUGUGAUUUAAUUAUAUGACAAUUUGCCUCUAAAUGUACCCAAUAUUGUACUUUUUAGGUCUUUUAAAGCUUCUAGUAGCCGAGUCAACAAGCGAAAAUUUAAACCACCUGCCUUAAACACAAAUACAAUAACUACGGGAGCCCUGAGUCCAGAAACUAUUAUAAAUCUGGCAAACAAUAUGAUUCAGACAUUUCAUCUGAAUAAAGAUCAGGCUACGGCACUGAUUCAGAUAGGUGCCAUGAUGACAUUGCAAGGAAUCGAUACAGAAACUGGGAAACGGCAAGCCCUUCCAAUAACAAUCAUACACGGUAAAUUGUUUUAUGCGAACUUAAAUAGCUUGCUUCUACAGUUCUGUCUUUAUUUCAAACAUUUAUUGGACUACCCUCACUUUGCCGGCAACUCCUCAUUGCACCACCAAACAAGUGGUCAAGUGUGCCUCCAGCAAGAGCCCAUGUUCAGCAGCCCAUGGAAAAUCCUGAAAGAGGGUGCUGUGGAGAGGAGGAGGGCUUGAGCUGGCCUGGGGUCUACUGUUACUGCUUGAUGAUAUUGGACCCAAUUUGGAUCUGAUGGCUCCAUUGCAUUGGCUCCAGUGUGGCCCAACGCUUCUCCUACCCCACCCUUCCACCCAGUGUGAGCAGAUGGACUGCAAGGACCGUGGUGGCCCCAUCACCCUGUUAAGUCCUGCCAGUCCUCAGUGGAGAUUUAGAUUGUAGCACCGUAGCUAAACUACUGCAUAAAUUUGGGCACUCCAGAAUCAUUGCUGGCCCCAUGGCAGAAAAACAUUCCAUGCUCCUUAAGUUAAGGAUGCUCUACUUGCUGUUGUUAUUAUUUUUAAUAAUCUCCUUCCACACACGUCUAAAGGUGAUAUGCAAGUUAUAACAAAACUUAGGAGAGAGUUUUGUCUCAACUUGCCACUAUCACAGCACACUCAGAUGAUUUUGUUAGUGAACUUUCAACUGUGGUACCCAUUACUCUUUUUGUUUAGUUAGUUACAUCUAUGCAUAUGUGGUUAAGAAUAUUUUAUAUGUUAUUUUGCAUUUACUUGGGCUAAAUCUCUGAUUUCUCCACAUACAGGUGUGUUUGGAUCUGGAAAAAGUUAUUUGCUGGCCAUUGUUAUCUUAUUCUUAGUACAGAUCUUUGAAACCGGUGAAGGAACUGAUGGCAAAAAGUCGGUGCCAUGGAAAGUACUGAUCUCUUCUUCCACAAAUGUUGCUGUGGACAGGGUACUGCUUUGGUAAGUACAUACAGUUCUGCAUAGGACAUGUUUUGUUUUUCUCUUGCUGCUUCAGUAACUUGCUUGCAUUGUUAAGUCAUAAACUCUGCCACCUUCCCUGGAUCCUUCAAAGUAGCACAAUGUGUCUUCCACUUUCCUUGUUAGAGAUGUUGUAUAGAAGGCACUUCCAAACUAACUUUCGAAAGCAACCUUUUGUAGAGUUAUGAAAAGAAUACCACUUUUCACUGUAUGAAUGGUGUAUCCAUAUUGCCUUGUAUUUUUUUAAAGCUACAUGCAGAUUUUGGGGGUGUACAGGGCGGGGGGAGGAGCCCGGUUGCACCAAUGGGAGUCCUUCUACUGGCUUCAGGUUAGUCUGUCUUUGUCCCUGAAGCAGUCAUUUGGCUCCUCACCAGAAUUGCUACCAUUGGUAGAGACUUUCUCCGAAAGCAUUGGCAUUCUCCAAGUUUGCAUAUGAACAUUUCCUGUUUUAAAACUGGUGGGUAAAGAAUAAAGAAUGUGGAAAGAUGAAAUUAAAAUAAAGGUGCUAGAAUUCAUUAUAAUAAAUGUUAGUUCGUGUCUUUUUCCUUCCCCCACAGCCUCCUAGAUCUUGGAUUUGAAGAAUUUAUUAGAGUGGGAAGUAUUAGAAAAAUUGCUAAGCCAAUUCUUCCUCACAGGUAACAUGCCUAAAAUCUUCAGCCUGUUUGUUGUUAUUUAAUAGAACAUUUUGUGUGACAUAUAUCAUUUGAAAGUGAAUGAAAUACCACAUACACUGAAAACUUGAAUUAAGUCAAAUUCCCCAGCUGUAAUUUUGCUUGUGUGAGAGAAACAAUAGAAGCAAAGUAAGUUACUCAUUUAAAACUUGGGUGCUGUAGUUGGUCUGCCACUUAGCCACAGGCAAGACAUUUCCAGGCCAGUAUAUUGUGUGUUUUUGAUAGUAAGUCCCACUCAGUUCCUUGGAGUUGUUGGUAAAUAAGUAUGCAUAUGGCUGCAACCGUAAUCUGACUGAGGCUUGGUUUGCCCUCUUCACGGGACCCCUGUUGAAUUGUGUUUUCUACUAGUUGGCUUGUAGCCAAGCAGGGUUUGCGUAGAGACCCCAGUUGUAUGACCAGUUCUGCCUCAUGGAACCUAUACAAGCAGUGGCCACAAUUUGUGUGAUCUUUCCAAGGCACCACGAGUAUACAAAAUCAUAUUGAUUAAGCUAUCGGCUUCACACAGGUUUAGUCAAUCAACACUUCCAUGUAGCCCUGUGCCCUCUUACCAGUGGCCAUGUGGGACCAUCAGGAAUCUAAACCAGACUUACAUCUUCCUGACAUUUAAAAUGGGAGUAGUACUUACUCCAUACAUUCCCACACAUACAUUGCAUUGAUCGUUAGAGCUUCUCCAUGUGCUCCCAAGCACAUGAAGUAAGGCAGGUGGUGAUGAAAGAGAAUAUCUUUUUUGUAAUGACACUCCAUCUUUGGAAUUCUCAACUCAGAGUAGUUCAUCUGAUGCCUUUCUUCUUUGUCUUUGUACCAGACAGAUAGUUUUUUAAAAAUUUUCCCCAAAGGGCCUUCUUUUUCAUCCUGUGUUUUUAAUCAUCUGCCAGUUUUACAUCUUGCUGUGCUGUACUGCUGUUUUGUCAUCUUGAUUUUUUGUUUUAAUUAUGUCAAUUGUUUCAGUUUUUAUAAGUCAUUCUGAAAGCAGCUGUUGACAGGGAAAUGUAUACAUAUUUAAAUAAAAAAGAUGUUGCUGGAUUGUUAUCACUACAGAAUGUUUGAAUGGUCCUUCAUAUAAAAGAGUCCCUGCAGAUACAAAGAUUUUUUCUGGCAAUCCCUGACUUGCUAAAUUUUGGGUGCAAAGGAGGUGGCUUUUUGUUUGUUUGUUUUCUGUAAACAUGAGGGAGCAUUGAAACAUUUGGUCCCUUUUUGUAUCAUUUGCAAAAUAAAGCAAAGUACAGGAUCUGCACAUGGCGUCUUUUGUUACUAUCUUAAGGAACCUAUUUCUAGAUUUCAUCACCAAACUACAUGGAAAACAGAAGGGUGUCUUUUACGUAUGUUUCUUUACUAUGACUACAUUGUUUUCAUUCAAUAUUAUUAUCUACAAUUGAACAAUAUGUUUAAAGCUUGCAUGCUGGCUCAGGAUCUGAAAGUGAACAACUGAAAGAAUUGCAUGCUCUGAUGAAGGAUGAUUUAACCCUAGCAGAAAAGAUCUUUGUAAGAAAGACCAUUGAACUCCAUAAGCUGGGAACCAACAAAGCUCUCCUGCAACAGGUGAAAUAAAAUUAAGUGGCAUAAAAUAAGUACGUGCUGUACUAAUGUUGUACAAUGAUGGUGGAAUAAAAUCAUGCUUGUAUCCAACGGUGGUGUGAGUAGGCAGCGGCUCAUGUGACCGGUCUUCUUCUCCUCCUCCUCCCAGUUGUACCAGCUCCCAAAACCCUCUCCAGAAGAUUGGGGGGCUCUGAACAAUGGGGGCUAUGGGGUAUGGGACUGCAGUGUGAGGAUGGAAUUACCCAAAAUUGAGUUGGGGGAUCUUGCACUGGUGUAGCUAUUGCUGGAGCAAGAUCCUUUGAUCUGAAUGAGUUUCCCUACACCUACUAUUGAUUUGGAUCGGGAUCAUAGCUGUGGCAAAAGGUGAACAUAGGAAGCUGAGUAAGACGACAGUAAAUCACAAGAAAGCUCCCAUGAAGCAGUUGCUGAGGCUAAAGGUCCCUGCCUCCCAGCCAGCUAUGUCACCUUCUCUCCAGGGUUUUCCCCAAGCAAUUGGAGACGUUGCAUGCGUGUCUGUUUUUGCUCCUCACACUUCAUGCCUCUGCUGGUUUUUGGAGACCAUUGAGGGAGGGGAGCUUGUCACAGCAAGAAGAGGAGACACCCAUGCCUUGUCACAAGCCUGGCCCAUCUCUGCCUCUUGGCCUCUCUUCUCUUCUGCUUCCAUUUCUGCCUCUGAUUCUGGACUUCUCUCUUCUCACUAAGCCCUGUUACCUCUUCAGCUGUUACCUAUCCUCCUCCCAGUCAUCUCCCUCUUCUCAUUGUCGUCCCUUCACCAAUCCCCGGGCUGUGAGCCUUCUUCCCUUGGGGGUUCCCCAGCUGGUUCCUCCCACCAUUCCUCUGCAUCCAACCAGUCUGUGACACUGCUAUAUACUGUGCCAGACCAUUGGUCAAUCUAGCCCAGUCUUGUUUAUUCUGACUAGCAGCAGCUCUCCAGGGUUUCAGCAUGAAACUCUUAAUCUCAAGAGUCAUUGGUUCAAGUCCCAUGUUGGGCAAAAAGAUUCCUACAUUGCAGGGGAUUGAAGUCAAUGACCCUUGUGGUCCCUUCCAACCCUACAAUUAUGAUUCUGUGAAACCACAGUGCCAUGACCCCUCUACCACUGAGCCUUGAUCCCUUCCCCUUGCCACUACAGUGGUACCUUGGGUUAAGUACUUAAUUUGUCCUGGAGGUCCGUACUUAACCUGAAACUGUUCUUAACCUGAAGACCACUUUAGCUAAUGGGGCCUCUUGCUGCCGCCGCGCCGCCGGAGCCUGAUUUCUGUUCUCAUCCUGAAGCAAAGUUCUUAACCUGAAGCACUAUUUCUGAGUUAGCGGAGUAUGUAACCUGAAGCGUAUGUAACCUGAGGUACCACUGUAUCUCAAUCACUUUUGAGAUGUGUGAGUAACUUGUUUUAAGCAUUAGAACCCAAAGCAUAUGGCUAUAUGAAAGAUACACACGGAACUUUUUCUUUUUGCUCCCCCCAUAACAUAGGUAAGGGUAGUGGGAGCUACCUGUGCUGCCUGCCCAUUCUCUUGCAUGAAAAAUCUUAAAUUCCCUAUAGUAAUUCUAGAUGAGUGCAGUCAGAUGACAGAACCUGCAUCUCUUCUUCCUAUUGCAAGGUAUUUCCUCUUUUAAUAUUACAACUAAUUGAUGGUUGAAUUUCUUAUCUUAUUCUUGUAUGUAUUAAAAAGCUUAUGAUCUUGAGAAAAUGGUUUAGUCAAAAUAGACUGACUAAAUGCUCUGUGCAGCAGUGCAUAAGGUUUUAUGCAGCAAUGACUGCAGUCUGCACUAAAAAUAUCAAAUGAUGUAACUGGAAUAAAGUAUGUAGGUCUCUUCUUCACCAGUUUUCUGAAUUCCAGUAAUUUAUCUUAAGUGUAUGCAUGCAGAAUUAGGAAUGUUGCCAUUUUGAAUAUUUGUUUGUUCAGAUACUUUUGUCACACGUGGAAAGGAGACCCAGGAUAGUGGGGCUGGGAGGGGCAGUCAGUCCCAGGUGGGAUAUGCAAAGUGGUUGAAAAGAUCUGUUACUUAAAUCAUGAAGGCAAAUAACCAGUCACGGUCCUGGCAAAUUUUAGCAGUCCUAAGCCCUGGUAUUUUUAAUAAGAGGGUUAAGCAUGUAUUUAAGUCUGUUCUAUUGAAAUUCAUGAUACAUAGAAUGAUGCUUAAGAGAGCUUACAUUUGGCUGGAACUUGCCUAUUUUUCUUUACAACUAAUUUGUAUUUGGUUUUUAAACAAAUACAAGAACCAUUAAACACUCAUCCAGCAAUGCAUCUAAUGAUGUUUGUUUUAUCCAUUGACUUUACACAUAAGCUUACACAUUCAGUGUUCAAACAUAAUUACUUAACGUAACCCCUCCACUGAGAAGAUUGAGUGGCUGAUAUAGCAUGGUCUUGAAUUUGGUCGUGUACACAGUUAAAGAAAGAGGUCUAUAUUUCUUGGAAAAUUAUCUCUUUCCAUUAUGCCUUUAUUCACCUUCCUGUGUCUGGUGAAACUCAGACAUUGCUGUAUCCCAGAUAUUAUUUUCCCAUGUGUUCAGAGGUAUUUCAGAGGUUCUUUCAUUGUUGAGCUAUCGCUAAUCAUGCUAUGGUCAGAAAGAAGCCUAAUAGUUCUCUGUGGUGCAAGGUAGAGCCCAAGUCUAUGUCUAAAGAGAGUAGGGCCAAGGCAGGACUUGGAGAAAGAGGUUGGCUUGUGAUUGCAAGGAAGAUGAAAGCUUAAUUCCCUGUAGUUGCAGCCACAGACUGCAUUCUUAAUUAUAUUAUUUCGUUUUAGGGCACUAGGGAAUGAACUUCAUUUUGCACAAUGGUGUAGUUGAUGUUAAAACCUAGGACUAAAAGGCAGCACACACAUUUUAAAAAGAAAAUAAAUAAUGUGUGAUGGUCAAAAGUGGUUUUUUUUAUAGGUUUGAGUGUGAAAAGCUGAUUUUGGUUGGAGAUCCUAAGCAACUGCCACCCACUAUUCAAGGGUCUGAAAGUGCACAUAGUAAUGGUUUGGAGCAAACCCUCUUCGAUCGACUCUGUUUGAUGGUAUGUCUUGCUAUUUAUCCUGAAAAAGAGAUUCCUCCUAUGAUGCUAACCUUAUUAUGUGAUAGAACUUUGCUUUCUUAACUUAAUUUUGAAGACAUCCCUCUCUGUUCCAUGCACAACGUCCGACCCCAUUCUGGGAGCUGCCAGGAGGAAGGUCUAUGUGGAAAAGUCAUCUUCUGUGCACUGCCUUCUGCUGGCAUUUCUCUUGCUCAAACUCACAACGACUGGCUAUAGUUGUGACCCAAUGACUCUUACUCAUUUUGCUCUCUGAAAUGUACCAAAAGAUAUAACAUGAUCCUAAAAAUAUAGGUAGUUUUUAGUACUGGUAUGUACAGCCUGACAACAACUUCCUUCCCCCCCCCCCCAUAGGGACAUGAGCCAAUAUUGCUUAGGACGCAGUAUCGUUGUCACCCUGCUAUAUCUGCUAUCACCAAUGACCUGUUUUAUGAGGGGAGCCUGCUGGACGGUAUUUCUGAAGCAGAUCGAAGCCCUCUGAUUGACUGGUUACCAACACUUUGUUUCUAUAACGUCAAUGGCUUAGAGCAGGUACACGAUAUAUUUAUGUUUAAACUGUUAAGAUUAUAUCAUGCUUUAUUAUUGCCAGAGCAGUGUUGGAUUAUUUGGGACAAGUUGGUUACAAACCAAGGCAUCAGUUUUGGAUUUGAAACUUGCUUGUUUUUGAAGGUGCAAUACAGUGUUUAUGUAGCAAUAGAAGAAGAGGACAAUAACCCCCACUGUUUCUGCUUUUCAGUAGCUGGCAUUUGGGGCACAGAGCCUCUGAACCUAAAGCUUCCAUAAAGCCAUCGUGACUAAUAUCCAUUAAUAGACUUCUCCUCUAUAAAUUUGCCCAUAACAUCUGCCUAUCCCCUUUGUUCUUUUAUUUGCACAUGCUACUAAAGCACAGUCCAGCUUCCACUUUCCCAGGGCUUAAUUUCCAUAGCUUUUCCAAUCCCUUAUGCAGCCAACUAAUCAAUAUUUUGACCUUGAAAUCUUUUUACUUGAAUUGAGACUUGGAUAAUGCAAUGCUGCUUUAGAAUGCUUAUCCUUCUGUUUGGGGAUAAAAGUACACUUUGGUUAAAAAUCAUAUUCAGGAUGUUGUUCAAUAUGUAGGCCACAACACUCUUUUGAGGCUUAAAUCCUUUACCCAAAACUACAUGGAAGGAAGCCUCAAAUAUUGCAGUCAAACACAGGACUUCUUUGAUCAUCAUUUGUGAUGAUCUACAUAUGACUGAAAGAUCAUUUAGAAAUGUGGAAGGCUGCUUUUCUAUGAGUUAUUUGGCCAUUUAGCAAAGGGGUAAAUAACGUUUUUGACCUUGGAGGCCAGAUCCAUCGGUAUGUCUCCCCCCACCCUUCCAAGUGGGCCACUUUGACAGGUGGCCUAUGCACCUGUCAAUCACCUGACAUCACCAUUUUUCCUUUGCAGCUUGGCUUGUACUCAAGUUCUGUGGCAAAGAAAGAUCCCAGCAGAGCUUGAAAACAGCAUUGUUCAGCUGAAUGGCACUGUUUUAAGUCCUCUUUGGGGCAGGGAUUGGCUACCUUCAGGCACUCCUGACUGGGAGUGCCUAAUUGUAGCUGAUCCUGAAGUCACCACUGAUCAGCUGGUCACAGCUGACUUCCAGCCCCACUUUCCACAGUGAUCAUCUCCAGUUGGGAGAAGGAAGCUUUAUCUCUGAAGUAGCUCCCAUUCUGGGCAGAGAGCGAUAUCACUGGAAUGACUUAAUUUCAUGUGGUGAAACGGACACUGUUGAAAUGGCUUUGCCUGUUGGGUGGGAGUUUCUUCACACAAGUAUACAGCAUUCCACAUCAUUUCAAACCCAUGUCUGUCAGCAUCGCAUUGGAAACUAUCGCAAAGGCUACAUGAUAAUUAGACCGAAAUUAUUAUGAAUUAAGUUUUUUUCUUUGUUCCCCCAAGUGGGCCAGAUGAUAUCUCAUGGGCUUUCUUACAUUACAUAAUAUAUGUCUGUUUCUUUUUCUCUAGGUGGAAAAAGACAACAGUUUCCACAAUUUGGCAGAAUCAUUUUUCACUGUCAAAUUAAUCCAGUCUCUGAUUGCCAGUGGAAUAGAAGGAAACAUGAUUGGAGUAAUAUCCCUCUAUAAGUCACAAAUGAGCAAGGUAUAUUUUGCACACCAAAACACAUUUCAGUAAAAUGUUUAUCAGUACAGUAUUGAUGUAAAAAUUAAUUUUAGUUUUCUGUUUUAAUUUUCUGUUUUCCAAGAAGCUUUUCCCUUGCUUUCUUACUGAGACCUUCUAACUUUGCUAAGCAUCAUUACGUUCAAAACUAACUAAAGGUUAAUUAAAAAUUACCCUUCUUUUUACAGACAGAUUACAAUUUCUCAAUAAGCAUAGAAAUGGUUAUACUUCAGUAGGGUGAUAAUUAAGGUUCAGAAGGAACCUUAAUUAAUAUUUACAUUUUGCAUGUCUGUUUGUUGUGAGCAAGUUCAAAACUUAAUUGUAUCAAGUUAUUAAUAAAAUUUAAUUUUAAUUUUAUUUAAUUUGCAAAACAAUAAAUGUAAUUAUCUGGAUCUGUUUUUGUCUACAGAUUUGUAACUUGCUUAAUGCUGUACAUUCAGAUGCUUCCCAAAUUAAAGCAGUCCAAGUGUCCACUGUUGAUGCCUUCCAGGGAGCAGAGAAAGAAAUCAUUAUAUUAUCCUGUGUAAGGACAAAACAAGUUGGCUUCAUUGAUUCAGAAAAGAGAGUGAACGUGGCAUUGACAAGAGGGAAGCGACAUUUAUUAAUAGUGGGAAAUCAAAACUGUCUAAGCAAGAACAAACUAUGGAGAUGUAUCAUUCAGCACUGUGCAGGUAAAGCAGCCUACUUUUAAAAUAUAGCCAGCUAUUGCUAUAUUGUUCCCAGAGAAUCUAGUGCAAUAAAACAUAACCUUCUUUGUGUGUCAAUAUUUGUAAGUUCAUUUAUUACUGAUGAAAAAAUUGGUGUGGUGUAUGUGUAACUAUUGUAACUGUUAGGUUGAUUCUAAUCAUGUUUACAUUACAAAGUCACACUGAUUUAAAAAUACUUACAAGUAAAUAUAGUCCUUAGUUGACUUUUUGGCACCAGCUAAAACAUUAGCUUUCAGCUUUAACAGGCAUGGCAGGCUGUUGUACAAGAAGCCCAAAUCCAAACCUCUCUUGGGUGUGUAGAUGCUUUGUAGAUUAUUGUAUUAGGCCACUCUGUUUAGUGGCUAAAUAUUAAAAACUAAGAUUGCUUUAAUAUAUAAUUAUACUGUUUCACCACAGGAAGAAAAAAUGGAUUACAGCAUGUUAGCCAAUGUGAGCAGCAACUGAAUGACAUUAUUAAAUCUUAUGUGGAAAAGAAGAAGGAGGAAGACGAAAUGAACAAGGAAAAGGAAAAAUCCAAAAGAAAAUCACUAUCACAAAAAACGAGUGAUUAACUUUGUGCUGUUUCUAUGUAAAAUAUUUUAAAUACCUUGAAAAUCAGUGUUAAAACUUGUUAAUUGUUUUAUGUCCCACCAAUACUCUAGUUAGCUUUCCCCAACCUGAUGCCUCCAUCAGCCCCAGACACGAGGUUAGGGAAGGCUGGUCUAGUUACGUGCAUCAAAAGGUACACAAAAGGCAGUGAAAAUCAUAGAUACGAUCACUAGAAAGUGGGCUUUUCCUUUGAAAAUGAGCCUUUUACUUAUAUGUAAUUCUUUUAAUUGUUAUAAUGACAUUUUAAGUACUCUGGAAUAAAGUCAGGAUUU